AUAAAUAAUAAUAAUGUGUUGCUGCUCAUCAAACAAACCUAGUAAGAUUUAAAAAAGCGAAAUCAAACCAAGUUUAAUAAAUAAUCAAUAACAAAGUUAAUUUCAGCAACAAGAAUCUUAAUAAGUUUAAUAAGGAAAUGGCCCUAAACCUCUUGAAGUUAAAGAAGUUAAUCUAAUGGAAAGUAAAAUUGAGAGUCCACGUUCAAAAUAAUUAAGGUUAUUUGAUUCAGAACUUAAAGAAUUCAAAGCUAAAUAUACUAAACUAUAAGAAGAUUCUGCAGAAGUGCAAUAAAAUUAAAAACCAGUUGAUUAAUUAAAAAUCAAAUUAUUCAAGGAUCAAUUAACAACUCUCUAAUUUCCCAAUAAUGAAAUCUAAGGACCCAUCUUUUUAGAUGAUAAUAUCUCAAGUUAUAAGGAUAGAGGUACAGAUUUUGCAGCAAAUUUAAGGGAAUAUACUGGAGAUAUAAGAAAUAUGAGACUUGUUAGAUAAACUCCAUAUAAUUCAUAUAGUUAUAUUGGAUAUCUAAAAGAACAAGGAAUGUAUUUUAUUAAGUGCUGGAAUGGAGUGGAUUUGAAUAAAUUUAACACUUAUCUUUUGAAUCUUAAUAAAUAAUCACAAAAAGGAUAAUAUUUUAAAAAAUAUCAUGCAUUUAAAAUAAUUCCAUAAAAAGACACAGAUUAAGUUACUCCUAUAGGAGAGGUUUAACUUAUAUCAAUACUUGAAGAUCAUAAUCUAUAUUCAUUUGCGUAUUUAUUUUUAUUAAUUUUUCUAGAGCUUCCACUCAUUUUAAUAUUGAUUAAAAAUUAUAAGUUGCUCAUUAAAUAUUAAAUUACCUUAAUUAAACAGAUUUAAAAUCUUCAGGUACUAGUAACUUAUAAUUUAUGAAAAAAAUAAAAUUUGUCUCUCCUUCAAAUAUUUUAAUAUCAACAUAAAAUAAUAGAAUAGAUGUUAAGAUUUCAGAUUGGUAAUAGCAUCUAAAAGAAUUUAAUGAUAUUGUUCCUGAUAUUGAAUAUAAGAAUAAUAAUUUUAUUUCUUGUAGUGAUGAACCUGAUGAAUAACGCACUUAUUUCAUUAAAUUACUACUCUUAUUAUUUUUUAGAAUCAAUUUUAAGUAUGAUUUUAUAUUAAAUUCAGUUAAAUUGAAUAAUUUGGAAAUCUUGAUGGUAUUAAUACUUUGAGUAGAUUUAUUGAUGUUAAAUUAAUUAAUUCAGACUCCAAUUUCUAUAGAUCAUCUGACUUUACUAGAUAUAUUUAAAGUAAAAUUAGUUUAAUAGCAUAACCAAAUUAAGAGAGAUACUAAAAAUUAUGGGGAGAAUUAAAAGAUAAACCAAUCUAAAAUUUAUCUUUCUAUACAUUAGAAAAGAAGGAAAAUUGAUAAAAAAAUAUAUAAUAAU